UCGAAACAGUCAUUGCAGUUCUGAUCCGCCAUGGCUGCCGCGGGCCGUCCGGACCAUGGAUCGGCCGCCGCGUGGAAGCGAGCCGUGCUCCUCGUCAUCUGCGUCACCGGCAUCUGGGCGGCGUACCUCACGCAAGGCGUGGUGCAAGAGAACCUCUCCACCAAGCGCUUUGCACCGGACGACAGGAGAUUCGAGCACCUCGCGUUCCUGAACCUCGCGCAGAGCCUCGUCUGCUCCGUCGUCGCCUUCCUCAUGCUGAACAUUCUCUCAACCAACAUGACAGUUCAGCCACCGCUGCUGUCCUACUGGCUCCCCGGAGUCACCAACACCAUUGGGCCGGCAUGCGGUCUCGUUGCCCUGAAAUACAUCUCCUAUCCUGCUCAGGUCCUAGCCAAGUCAUCCAAAAUGAUCCCAGUGAUGCUAGCGGGAGCCAUUAUCUAUGGUGUGCGUUACACUAUCCCAGAGUACGUCUGCACUCUGCUUGUCGCCGGGGGAGUCUCCAUGUUCGCCCUCUUUAAGAGCUCCAGCAAGGCUAUGAGCAAGCUAGCCAGCCCUAACGCCCCUCUGGGCUACACCCUCUGCUUCCUCAACCUGGGGCUGGACGGCUUCACCAACGCCACGCAGGACUCCAUUACCGCCAAGUACCCAUUCACAGCGACGUACCAUCUGAUGCUGGGGAUGAACAUAUGGGGCACGCUCUACCUGGCACUCUAUAUGUUCGCGUGGCCGGGAGGUGGCGGCAUGGCAGCCAUAGACUUUUGCCGGACGCACCCCGAGGCUGCCGUGGACGUGCUCCUUUUCUGCCUCUGCGGCGCGGUCGGGCAGAAUUUUAUUUUCUUGACCAUCAACAAGUUUGGCGCGCUCGUUAAUACGACCAUCACGACAACGCGGAAAUUCAUGAGUAUCUUGAUCUCGGCGGUGUGGAAUGGAAACCCGCUCACGGGGCAGCAGUGGGCAGGAGUGGGCAUGGUGUUCGCGGGGCUGACCUACCAGAUCUUCCUGAAGUGGCGGAAAUCAAAGAGCAAGAAGAAGCGAGCGGGCUCGGAUUUGGGGGCGGCUUCGAGAAAGGAGGCGGCGGGAGAAGGGAAAGGAGAGGAAAAGGAGGCGCUGGUGGGAAACGGGGAGAGGAAGAAGAGUAGGUGACUGAUGGAGUGGUGGUGGGGGGGUUACUGACAGUGGGAGGAGGAAGGAAAGGGAAGCAGGGAGAGGAGCUGGUGGGAAAUGGGGAGAGGAAGAAUGACAGGUGAGUGGGUGGGAGGGUUCUCGCGUACUGACAUGCGAUGCGACUCUUUGAUACCACAUUCAUUAUUUGCAAGAACCAGAUAAAUAUCUUGUUUGUAUGUGACUAUACAUGCAUGUUCUGGCUGAGCUUGCUCGGGCUUUGGUUGGCAAAUUGGCAAUCCAUGUGAGACUAAAUCUCUGAUUGUCAGAGCAAGAGCAGCUGGGGUGCUUGAAGAAGGGUA